AUUAUAAAAAGCUGGCCUUUUGAUUCCAAAGUAGUCUGACCACUUUACUGAAAGAGUAGAUCGAAACUUCAAUGGCAGCUCACAAGAAAAUCACAAGAAACUUCUGGGCACAUGAAGUACGACGUGUUCCUGAGUUUCAGAGGGGAAGACACCGGCAAAAGCUUCACUGACCAUCUUCAUAGAGCUCUGUGUCAAAGAGGAGUCAAGACUUUCAUGGAUGACAAGCUCAGUAGAGGGCAAGAGAUCUCUCCAGCACUUGUAAAAGCAAUCGAAGAGUCCAGAUUCUCCGUCAUCGUUUUCUCUGAAAAUUAUGCUUCUUCAACAUGGUGUCUGGAGGAACUUGUCAAGAUUAUUGACUGCACCAAAGCGAUGGGACAUGCAGCUUUACCAGUUUUCUACAAUGUGGAACCCUCUCAUGUGAGGAAACAGACAGGGAGUUUUGCACAAGCAUUUGCUAAGCAUGAAGAGGUUUAUAAGGAGCAGAUGGAGAAAGUGAUCAAGUGGAGAGUGGCUUUGACUGAAGCUGCCAAUAUUUCUGGAUGGGAUUCUCUAGAUGGGUAUUUUUAACUGCAAUUUUUUUUUCCUUUGCCUUUUAGGUGCAUGAUGUAAUGAUGCUGAAACUUUAAAGCUUGCAUAGCCAUAUAAAAUUGGAAAUCAUAGGAUGAUCAAUAGAGAGAUUGAUCCAAGAUGAUUGACUUAAACCCAUGUAUGGAUUAAGUUGUAUUUUGCUGCCUGUGACUGAAUGAUGUUUAGAUGAA